GUUCCCGAGUUAAAAAUCCCUCCCCAUCCCUCCCCUCCCCUCCAUGUCUUUCCAAAUUGGAAAGACUAUUAUCAGGCAAAAAAAACCCCAUUUUCCCUCCCCUCCCCCUGUUAAGUGGAUCUCUGGAACACAGCAUUAGCAGAAGACUAGUCAGUCACUUGGGGAACUGCAAACAAAACACCCUCACCCUCACCCUCCCUCUUUAUCUUCCUUGCCUUAAAACUAGGGUUUCUUUCCCCCAUUUCAUCCCAAUCCAGUUACUACAUUCAUUCUGCUACAUCCACCUUUCAUUUCACUCUCAGGACUUUCCAGUUUCCAGUCAAAAUCAAUACUGGCUUCAUUUUAUAACAAGUCUUUUCUGUCAGCAUGAAUUGUGGGUCAACUGCUUUAUUCAGGUGGGCCUUUUUAAAGAAUUGCUUUCACUCAAGGGUAAAUUAGACAAUGCAAACUCCUAAAACAAGAGCUGCAACCUUGGAGGUGCCACAGAGGACGCAAAAAGCUGUCAGGCAGCUCAAAACUUCAGGAACAGAGGCUGAUAAUUCUUCGUCGCAAAAUCCAGUUGCCAAAACACCUAAAGUCAGAAGUCCAAAAGUUGUUGAUCGACGGUCACCUCGCACUCCAACGUCUGAGAAAAAACGUCCUAGCAGAGUAUCCGAACUCGAAACUCAGCUUGCCAAUCUCCAAGAAGAACUAAAGAAGACAAAGGACCAGCUUAGCCAAUCAGAGUCAUCGAAAAAACGGGCCGAUGAGGAAGCCGAAGGGGCGAAAAAGCAGCUUGCUGAAAUGUCCGAAAAGUAUCAAGAUUCACAACAACAGCUUGACGAGAUUUCAGCGUCUGAAGAAUCCCGACUUCAAGAACUUAGAAAGAUCUCACAGGACCGGGACCGGGCCUGGGAAUCUGAACUUGAGGCGGUUCAUAAACACCACUCUUUAGAUUCUGCCGCCUUAGCUGCCACGGUGAACGAGGUCCAGAAGCUUAAGAUGCAGCUUGAGAAGGUUACGGAAUCCGAAGCGACACAGGCUAAAUAUGCAGAAUCGGCACAUGAUGAAAUGCUGAAGUUACGGCUGGAACUAUCUGAAACACUUGCGUUAGUUGAUGAACUCAAAAUCCUACUGAAGGAUUCACAGGAUUCUGAGGCUAGAGCGUUGGAACUCUUGAGUCAAACACACAAACAAUUGGAAACCGCAAAGUCAACUGAAGAGACGCUGCGGUUAGAGAAACUGGAAGCUAUGAAAGCUUGUGAUUUGUUAACAGUGGAAUUGGAGAAAUCGAAAGCUAAAGUGGAUUCUUUGGAAGGAAUUGUUAACAAACUUGAGAUGAAAAACAGUAAACCUGCAGGGGACGAUAAUGAUGAAGAUGAUCAAGAAGAGAUUAACGGUUUGAAAACGGAGGUGCGAAAGUUAAAGGAAGAACUGGAGAGAGCUGAAAAGAGGUAUCAAGAGCAGUAUAUUCAAAGCACGUUGCAGAUACGUAGUGCUUAUGAGCAUGUGGAACAAGUAAGAUCCGAAUCGAACCAAAAAGUUUCGAAUUUAGAGAUAGAUUUGGAGAAGUCAAAAUUUGAGUUAGAAAAUCUGAAGGCAAAACUGGCGGAGAGAGAAGAAAAACUGCAAGACGUAAAAGAAGAAAACAAGAACUUGAAUCAAAAGCUCGAGAAAACCGAAUUUGCAACAGAGAAAGAAACUGAAGAUUUUACUGAAUUUGCCGAUUUAAGGAAAUUGGAAGCGGAUGUGGAGGAUUUGAAACGUGUCAAGUUUGAGAAAGAAACCGAACUAAAAAACGUCAAAGAGGAAAAUGAAAAACUGAAAAUGGAGAAAAAUCAGGUGAACAACGAAGCUGUUGUGGCUGCAGAAGCUGCAAGAGUUGCUGAAAAAGAAGCACUUACAAAAGUCGGUUAUUUAACCGAAGAAGUGAAUAAAAGUGGCAAACAAGUGGAGAGGGUAACAGAGCAAUUAGAUUUAGCUCAGGCGGCAAAUGCGGAAAUGGAAGCUGAGUUGAGGCGGCUGAAAGUGCAAACAGAUCAGUGGAGAAAAGCGGCAGAGGCGGCUGCCGCCAUGCUGUCCGAUGCGAAUAAUGGGAAGUUUGUGGAGAGAACAGGGUCUCUUGAUACUCGCACCAUUGGUGGGAAGUUGAAUUCGCCUUUCUCCGAUGACUUGGAAGAAGAAUCACCCAAGAAAAAGAAUGGAAACAUGUUAAAGAAGUUUGGGGUUUUCAUGAAGGGCAAGAGGUGAUUCAAGAUAAUUCGCAGGGUUGUUGACUGAGUGGAUGACUGAAGGUGGAUGCUUUGGUUUUAUGAUGUUUUGGAGGGGAUGGAGUUGCAGCCUUAUGUAUAGGAUGUUGUUGAACUUUAGAGUUGAGUUUGACUUUUGAGAAUGCAAGGAUUUGUAAUAAUAUUGUUUUUAUUUUCUAGUUAUAUGCAACAUUUGACAUGCCAUUAUCACUGUUUUCAGGUGACUACUUCAUUUGUAGCUAGAAUGUGUUUUGGUUUGUAAUUUUAAAGGUAUGCGUUACGUUACGUUAUGUUACGUGACCUGAAACUAUUUUUAUCUUUAUGUGUUAUGAUAAUGCAAGACCCUAUCAAGGGCCAA